UAUAUUGAAAAAGAUACAGUUGAAUACAUGAUAGGAAGAUAGGAGAGCGAGAUGAGGGAAGGAGACGAUGGAUAUUUCUUAUGUAUUCAAUAUACAUGCGAAUCACACUAGAUACAUGUAUAUCAGUGAGAUUGAAAGAAGCGAGGAAGGCGAGUAAGAUUUGUUAUGUAUCCCAAAUUCAUGCGGAUGCACUUGGAUGCAAUGUGUCUUAAACAAAUAACAUCUAAUUCUGACCCCAUGUAUUUUGAGAUACAUAUAUCUGAAUCUAUAUGAAAGUAUAAUACGUCAUAUUAUAAACUAGAGUGGUAACUUUAGAAUUCUAAACUAAUAGGAUUUAUGUAAAUUUCUACUAAAAAUAGCUAAUUCUAAGGAAGACUAAUUUAGAAUUACAAAAAAAAAAAAAAGAGAACUUUUCGCGGUACCUUUGAAUUACUGAAAUCUUAAGAGGACUUAACUGCAAAACCCAACCGUUUAGGUGCAGUUAUUGGCGCGCCAAAAUCGUGCCCACUACCCUAUAUAAUUCACUGAAAUUACCAAGUCACACAAUUCACACACUAAAAUUUUUCUAAAUUCCACAAUGAAACCACUCGUUCUCCUCCUCUUCUUUGCUCUGUUCAUUCUUCUCCAAUACGCUUCCGCUAUACAAAUCCUCUCCAAAUCGAAGCUUCGAAAAUGCGAGAAAAUUUCCGAUUCAAAUAGCCUAAAUUGCACGAAUAAGAUCAUCAUCGACUUGGCUGUUCCCAGUGACUCGAGUGGAAAUGAGGCUUCAUUGAUAGCAGAAAUAGUUGAAGUGGAAGAUAACUCAAGCAGUAACAUGCGAACACUUCGAGUUCCGCCGGUGAUAACCAUUAACAAAUCAGCAGCAUAUGCUUUGUAUGAAUUGACAUAUAUACGAGAUAUUGCUUAUAAACCGCAAGAAUUCUAUGUCAAUACACGCAAGUGUCAACCGGAUGCAGGGGCAGAUGUUGUGCAGAUCUGUGAGAGGCUGAGGGAUGAGAAUGGACACAUUAUUGAGAAUACUCAGCCUACCUGUUGUCCGUGUGGGGAUCAGCGAAGGGUUCCUUCAUCAUGUGGAAACUUUUUUGACAAGAUGACGAAAGGGAAGAAAAACACGGCUCACUGUCUACGGUUUCCAGAUGACUGGUUCCAUGUAUUUGGCAUUGGCCAGCGCUCAGUUGGAUUUAGCAUUCGAAUUGACGUUAAGAAACAAUCUCAGAAUUCGGAAGUGACUGUUGGUCCGGACAAUAGAACUGCUACAUCCAGUGAUAAGUUUCUGCGGGUGAAUCUGAUCGGAGAUUAUGUUGGAUACACUGAUAUUCCGUCGUUUGAUGACCUCUACCUUGUCAUACCUAGACAGGGUGGCCCAGGUCAACCACAAAAUCUGGGGAGCAAUUUUUCCAUGUGGAUGCUACUCGAGAGAGUGAGGUUUACAUUAGACGGUGUUGAAUGUAACAAAAUUGGUGUAGGUUACGAUGCUUUCAAUGCACAGCCAGAUUUUUGCUCUGCACCAUUUUGGAGUUGCCUGCACAACCAACUAUGGAAUUUUUGGGAUGCUGACCAGAAUAGAAUCAGUCGAAAUCAGGUGCCGCUAUAUUGCGUGCAAGGAAGGUUUGAAAGAAUUAACCAGCACCCAAAUGCAGGAAGUCAUGCAUUCUCUAUUGGAAUUACAGAAGUCCUGAACACAAAUCUGUUGAUAGAACUGAAUGCAGAUGAUAUAGAAUAUGUGUAUCAAAGGAGCCCUGGGAAAAUUCUCAGCAUUACAAUUCCAACUUUUGAAGCUCUGACUCAAUUUGGAACAGCAACAAUUACAACAAAAAAUAUAGGUGAAGUGGAAGCAUCCUAUAGCCUCACGUUCGAUUGCUCAGCCGGUGUCAGCCAAAUGGAGGAACAGUUUUAUAUAAUGAAGCCAAAUGAAGUCAUGACUCGGGCAUUCAAGUUGUACCCAGCAAGUGAUCAAGCUGCAAAGUAUGUCUGUUCAGCCAUACUGAAGGACUCAGAUUUUAAUGAAGUUGAUCGGGCAGAGUGUCAAUUUACAACCAAAGCUACUGUUCUUGAUAAUGGGUCACAGAUUCCGUUUCAACCUCCUAAGACAAACAUCAAUGGUUUCUUUGGGAGCAUUGAGGAUUUAUGGAAAAAGACGUGGAAGAAUUUGGCAGAUUUUCUAACUGGGAAAAGCUGCAGAAUGAAGUGCUAUGGAUUCUUCGACUUCAGCUGCCAUAUACAGAACAUCUGCAUCAGUUGGGUGGUGAUGUUUUGUCUGUUCUUGGCAAUUAUUCCAACAGUGAUUGUACUACUCUGGCUUCUUCACCAGAAAGGUCUUUUUGAUCCUCUGUAUGACUGGUGGGAGGAUCAUUUUUCAAUUACUGAAGAUAAACAUAUGAGUCGUAGGAAGCACAGUUACGAUGCUGACCCAUUAGGAAAUCAUCAUAAGAGAAGAAGUCAUAAGAAUGAGCCAAGGCAUCAUAAGCAUCAUAGAAGGCACACAAGGUUUCAGAAUGACCCAGGCGAGAAUCUUUUGGGAGAAGCUGAUUAUCAUUACUACCUUCAUCAUGUGCACAAGGAUAAGCAUAAACAUGGAAAAACCAAGAGCUCAGGUAUCACAAAGCCACAUCAUUCAAAGAAGGGGGAGGACGACCACAUGAGACAUCACAGACGAAUAAAUGAGAGAGAAACCUUGGGAGGACCUAUCAUAAACAAGAAGAGAGGUGAUAAAAAUCAAGAGGAAUAUCUAAGGCACAAACAUCCGAUCUUAAAUGACCCACAUCAUAAGUGGCAAAGCAAGUGGGAAGAAUGACUGAAGCUGGUUGACAGUGAUUGUCAGAGCCUUGCAGCUAUCUCAUGGAUAUUUUGCAGGGAGAGCAGGGUUCUGAAAUAUGGAGGAGCUGGAAAAAAUGAACUCUCUGAUUCUAGUAGGACUUCUUCAUUCAAAACUGUACCAUCAUUCUUUCAGCGGCAAUAUCUUCUGCUGCUUUGAGAAUAUCCGGGGUUUAAGUGUACAGCUGGAGGACAAACCAUAACCGCCCAACCAGCUGGAAUGGUAUACCCUGCAUCAGAUAAGUAUUAUAUUAAGGAUAAUUCUUGUCUAUAACAACAAUAUUCAUCAUCAAAAUAACAGUACCAAGCG